UCUAUUACCUCUGCUUUUGAGCCUGGAUCUACACUGUAAAAAAUGGCAGUGAAUUUGACAUAAAAACCAUGUAAAAUCCCUACAGAAAAGUAUAGUAAACUCAAAAACACAAUUUUCCUGCUUCAAUCACAGUGGACUUUUGUAAACUAUUAAAUAUAAUGUUUUUGUUAUAUUUACAACAUCAAUCUGUGAUUAUAAUCAAAUUUAUUGGUUAAAACUACAAAUACUUUGAACAAAAACAGUGAAAUACCUUAAUACUCAUAACAAAACAAUUAUGUUAAUUUGACAUGCAAAUAUUGUAAAAAUUAUAGUUUUAGUCAGUUGUUUUUAAAAAUACAAGAAUUAUAUGUAAGUCACUUUACAACUGCAUGGAUGUACUGGGCCUACUUUUAACAUGAUUGCUAAUUCCUGCCUCUACUAUACAGAAUAUCGCUGAGGAAAUGCAGAAUGUGCACGAAUUGGGUCAAGCCUACACAAUAAAUAAGGUAAGUUGUUUACUAAAAAAUGAAAUGAACCUAUCAGAUGAAGCAGUCACUAAAAUCUGUGACUGCAUUAAAGAGUCAGAUUUGUUCUCUGCUUGCCAUCAGGGACAACUAGGAACAACACACACCAGAAAUCAAACAUUCAAAAAAAUGUUUAAAUACACAGAACCCAAGAAGGUGCCAUUGGGAAUGGAUGGAAACAUGACAGAAAAAUUUGCUUACUACAUACCAGUGGGAGAAACUCUGAAGAGCUUUUUAGAGUCACAGUUAUGGAGGAAUACACAGUCACAACAGUUUGGGGGUCCUGAUGUAGAGAUUUUUAAGGAUUUAUAUGAUGGAAAAAAUUUCAAAUGUCACCAGUUCUUUAAUGAAAACCCUGAAAGCCUCAAACUGAGUUUGUACCAAGAUUCAUUUGAGGUAGUGAAUCCCCUGGGUUCUGCUAUAAAGACGCACAAACUCCUUGCAGUCUAUCUGUCAUUAGCAAAUUUACCCAUUCAUUUGCGUUCAAAUACAGAUAAUGUUUUUAGUCUUGUUGUGUGUUGAGAAUGACUUCAAGCGUUUUGGAAUAGCCAAAGUUUUUUCAGAGUUGUUGGCAGAUCUGAAAUCCUUGGAGACAGAUGGAAUAGAUGUAGAUGGAGAAACAGUAAAAGGGGGUCUUUACUGUAUUGCUGGGGACAACUUGGGUUCUCAUUGCAUAGGAGGGUUUACAGAAAACUUCAGCUGCUCUCAAUAUUUUUGCAGGUACUGUGAAGUAACACGAAGUGAGUUUUAUGCUGAUCCGAAUGCCUGUGGUCCUCCAUGCACUCCAGAGACAUAUGACAUGGCUGUUGCUGAUCUCCAGUCUGAAACUAUCCAAGACAUCAGAGGAAUAAAGGUAAACUCCAUCUUCAAUACCCUUCAGUCUUUUCACGUAUCCCAGCCUGGUCUCCCACCUUGUCUGGGUCAUGACCUCUUUGAAGGAGUUGUGUCAUAUGAUCUAGCACUGUACCUGAAGAACAUUAUAAAAAAUAAAAAAUGGUUCACAUACUCCCUUUUAAACAGACGCAUUAAACAGUUUAAAUAUAAAGGAUCCGAAGCACUUACAAAGCCAUGUACUGUCAAACCUGACGGAUCCAAAUUAUCAGGGCAAGCCGUUCAAAACUGGAACCUUUUGAGAUUGCUGCCAGUUUUGAUUGGUGACAAAGUACAAAACCACGAGGAUGAAGUAUGGCAGUUAGCUCUCCAGUUGAAAGACAUUGUGGAUCUUAUUUGUGCUCAGAGCAUUUCCUUGUUCCAGAUAGCAUUUGCUGACAUUUUGAUCCAAGAAUAUUUGGAGAUGAGAAAGAUGUUGUUUCCUGGAAUUCAACUAAAACCCAAGCACCACUAUUUGCGCCAUUAUUCAGCACUGUUGUUGAAAUUUGGUCCAUUGAUGAGGUUAUGGACGCUUAGGUUUGAAUGUAAACACAGUUACUUUAAAAGAUGUGCCAGACACUUGAAAAGCUUCAAAAAUAUUUGUCAAACUUUGUCAACACGUCAUCAGAUGUAUCAGGCUUAUCUUUUAGCUGGGCAAGAAUGCCGUGAACUGCUGCAAGUGAAGGAGAGCUGUGUGUUUUAUCCCAACCUCUACAGUCACACUAUUCAGCAUGCAGUCAGGGAGUUAGCUUUUUCAGAAAGCAAUACCACAGUUACCACAGACAUUCAGUACAAGGGCACUGCAUAUAAAAAGGGACAGUUUCUUGUGUACAGAAAUGACGAGUGUAUGGAGUUUGGUGAACUUCUACUCAUCUUGAUUCAAAAUGACACAUCUGUGUAUGUUCUAAUAGAUGUCCACAAAGGCAUCUUCCUCUCAGAAUACCAUCUGUAUUCUGUGACAAAGGACAGUCUUGGGUUACAGUGUAUCAACAUUAAUGACCUGCCUGAUUUCUAUCCUUUGGUAUCAUACAUUCUUGAAGGAUACCGAGUCAUUCCACUAAAGCACAGUUUUGUGGCAAAAUAAUGUCCAACUAAUAGCUCACUUCUCACUGUAAAUAGUUUAACAUUAAUAUAAGUGUUACCUGAUCCAUACCCUGCUCCAUUAAGUGUAUGAACUGUAUGUGAUUUUCUAUUUUGUUUGGAGGUGGCAUUUCUUCUUCAGUGCAAGUAUGAGUGACUCAGAGCGAACCUUCCUAGAUGUCGCCAUCACGGAAGUCCUACCAGAACUUCAAGCGGUGAACAAAAACAUCCUGGAAGAGCACUUGCAGUCCAUUGGAGUUGAGACAAGUGAUGAUCUACUCUUCGUAACGGAGGCAGAUUUGAUGACAGUAUUAAGACCUGUACAAGCAAGAAAGCUUCUUUCUGCUUGGAAACAGAAAUACCAAACUCCAGAGAACAGCUCACUAUCAUCUGUGGAAGCCUCAUCCACCCAGUCGCUGUCAUUGCUCUCUGUUUCACCCCAAAGUCUAUCGUCGACCUCCUCCAGCAGCCCAGGAUGUGACACACAUUGGGAUGACAACUUUGAAAUUCCAUAGAGUAAACUUCCUGCAGAAGUGAUGCAUUUUCUGGAGAGGGGGAAAAGGCCUCGCCCAAAACUGAGGAGGCAAAUGGUCUGGAUUGUUGUGACUGAGUUGAUGGAAAAAUGCCCUCAUGUAGGUAGAAAACAUUCAAUUGACGUUGCAAAAAAAAUGGUGGCAAAAUAUCCCAAUUCUCUGCAAGAUGUAAUAGAGGGUGAUAUUGUUGGCGCAGGCUACCUUUCCCUUGUCAAACAGUUGCAGAACAGAAUUGAAAAUGUAAGGCACACUUCAACACCCAAAAUAAGAAAAAGAAAACAUCAGACUGACUCAGACCACACAGACGAGAUCCCCUUGGAAGAAAGAGCAGCAAUGCAGGAUACAUACGGGUGCAUUAAAUGGAAUGUAGAAUUUCUGCCUCUUGAAGAAACUCCAGAGAGCCAACAGCAAAAGAUGGAAAAACUCAAGGUGAUGUUCCAGCAAGCUGACGCCAAUCCAGAUGAGGUAAAAAGUCUAAUGAAGUCCACUUAUUACACACAACGUCAACAUGUCAAUCAGGGGAAAAGUAUUAAAUGCCUUAGAGAGGAGUGGCUGUUUUGGUUUGAUGAACUUGGCAUGUCUGUCCACUUCAAGGAACUUACUGGGAUUGACCUCAAAGAGACAUUCACACGAAAUUUGGAUUUGAAGGGGAAAAGGCUUCUGGACUACAUGACCACAGUUGCUGUCAGCAAAAGCAAGGCGUUCCUUCAGACUUAUGCAAGGCUUCAGAGGAUGUGAAAGAGAUGGUCCUGCUUCUGCUCAGCUACUUUGAAGAGAAGGAGGAGUCCGUGCUUUUCUGUGUUGAAGAUACAUGUCUGGCAGAUGAGGUACAACUGGAGCAAGUGCCUCUGACACCCACUAUUAUUGUGUGUGGACAGUCCUGCUAUUCCUCAAGAAGAUACAUGCUGAGUAUUGAUCGGAACCUCGUCAGCACAAACAUAUCCUCCUUCAUUUCUGCACUGUGCCUCAUGUUCGGGAGCUACUACAAUUUUAACAUCCAUUAUCCAUCUGAGCUGGCUUCCACUCUAGAGUUUCUUCAGAGGUGUUUCUUCUCCAUAAACCCAGAAAAAGGAACCAAAGUAGAGAACAAAAACUCAAGGCGUCGUCUCAGUGUGAACCCUCGAGUCCUCACCCUGAUUCAGGAUCUCGCCGACCACGAGUGGCGCUAAGCCUAAAUCUUGACUCUCUGUGGACUGUUAGUUUUACUUUGUUAAUUUUGUUCCACAAUGUGUACUGAAACCUUUUACUGGUCGAAUGCAUGAAGCCAAUUCAUGAAGAUGUUCUUGCUUUGAAGGAAUGUUCUUUAUAAAAAAACAAAAAAA